AUGCCUGGCGGUGUCGCCGCAGCCCAGGGUGCUGAGUACGAGGCGCCGUGGAUCAAUCGAGCCUGGACGUUGCAGGAGGCAACGCUCUGCGCUAACACACAUGUGCUCUUCCUUCAUUUUAACCAAUUUCUGGACACCGAGUACAAGUACUUCAUGUUCUACACCAAUGCCAGCUACACGAUCACCCACAUAGACGGGGAACUUGCGUUGUCCCGGCUCCGUCAUCUGCUCAAUGAUCGGUCGGGUGUGAAAAUCUCCAAAAUCAACGUUGAAACGGGGGAGGGGACAGGUUGGACGUUUGCCCCUCGCUGCUUUGGGGACGAUAGUGCCGCUAUUUCUGCGCUGCAAGGCGUCCUCGUUGGACAAACGCCCGCGAUGGUGAGGUCCGCCGCGUGGCGGAGUAUCUGGCUACGGACAUCGACCAAGCCUCAAGACAUGGUCUUCAGCAUCAUGCACGUCUUCGAGGUGCAGAUUGAUGUCGACUACGCACUCACGCGGGAGGACCUCAUCCUCGAACUGGCAAGAAAGUCGGCUUCGGUGCCAUGUUGGCUGGAUAUUGGGACCGACCUACCGUUGACCAUCGUCGGUAAGCACACCGUCCCCGUGGGAAACUAUAUCACGCGAGAUCAUUUCGUCCGGGAUUUUGACAUCAAGAUACGGACACCGCCGACCGCAUCCUACGAUGGUGACUUGGUAUGCGCCAAGAUCUUCAAGGUCCAUCAUGACUCUUCCGGCAGACUGGCAAUCUCUGACGGACAUGGAAAGGAACGUGAAUUAAAGGCGGACGAAGUCUCGGGAUCUCAUAUCAUGUUCAUAGGAGAAACCAGCACGUACACCGGCAACGGACAGGCUGUCCCAAUGCCCGCCGCUUGUUAUCUUCGAAAGUCUGAGAAAGGAAUCUGGGAGCGAUCGCCGAGACCUCAACCCACCAUUAAAGACUGCAAACUCCUGACUUUCACUACCUCUCUCCACCCAUUCGACAUCCUCCUCCCUAUCCACCUUGCUCCUAUCUCCAAGAUGGUAUCCAGGUGGUUCAUGGACGACAUGUACUGCAGCAUCUGCGGCGGUCCGCUCAGCUCCAUAAGGCUACGCAGAAGCUCUACCCUGCAGCCUGGUGACAACGAAAUCCGAGCCCAUAACGAUGACUGUACUCCAGCCUGUGGCUUGGUCAACGAGGAUGACUACAAAGGACUCAACUAUGGCCCUGAGAACCCAGACUUUGGUGAAGCGCACGACCUCCACUGCCACAAAUGCUUCGGCUAUGAUGGCAGUAUUGUGUCUGAAGAGGACAUCGCCUGGCUCGAUAGAGUUAUGAUGCUGGAUUCCCGCAAUGGGACCUUCCAUCUCUCGGAAAUUUUCCGCUUGGAAUUUUGGAACCCCGAUGGAGUAUUCCACUAUGAGGACGGGCGGUCUACGUUUACGCCCAAGGAGAGCAAAGUCUAUGUACACCACACCUGUGUGGAAAUGCUUAAGAUUGUCCACGACGCUACCAGGCAAGGACAAGGACCCCUGGAUUUUCAUCGUGUGGGCACCGCCAUGCAUGCUCGCCUCCGUGAUGACAAUGUCGACUGGGGGGACGACCCCAGGCUAUACGGGGGAGCAGAGAGAUGCCAUGGUGAUGUUUUCUGGGAGUCUGGAUGGGUGCCUAAACGUAGUGAAGAGUGCUUCGUCGCCGACCCGAUGAAACCACCCAACUUCCGCGGCCUCGUUGACAAAUCGACAACUGAGUCUGAAACCGCUCCACAGCACAGUUCUGUGGCUGAACUAGACAAUGGCAACACUGAGGAUCAGUCGACAACUGAGUCUGAAGCUGCUUUACAGGACAGUUCCGGCAACGAGUCUGUCACUGCAGGUGAAAUGGACACUGACGACGACGAGAACGAGACCAGGACUAGGAAUUUGAUAGAUACCGACUCUGGCGUUCAAGAUCAGGAGGCCGCGGCAGAGACCGAGAGUACAACAGAAAGUGAAGCGGAGGCCGCACGUCAGGACCUCCUCGACAAUCUCCAACGCGAGCGCCCCGGCCUCUCAGCCAGCCUCGACCAAUUCGUGCAGGACCACAUCAUAGCAGAAGACCCAGCUCUCACCGAUUUCCACUCCCGCAUAACCAGGCACUUUCCUUGGCUUGCGGCAUACACAGGCUCGCUCGUGGGUGAGAUCUACCAUGCGCAGACGCGGGGCCAGACAGUGGACUUCUUGACUAUGCUCGAGGUGUUGGAGAAGGCGUCGGAGCACCCGGAAGACGAUAACUUCGUCCGGGCCUACUAUCUUGAGAUUGCAAACCGGGCUAGGAUCUGGAAAUGCUGCGAGGCGAUUCUCGAGGUAUAUGGAGCUUAG